GCUCUAGUUAUCCCAGUUUAUCUAACGCGGAUGUGAGCGUAGGUGAAUAAAGUCAGCAUGAUAUUUUAAUAGUGGGUAUUUAAAAUAUCAGGCAUGUCAAGGUAAAUCUAAACUACGAAGUUUCACUGAAUGAAAUUCCUGCAACCUCUGAUACACGAUAAUUCCAUUUUGCGCGUUUUUAUGUUUGGUAGAAAUAUGGUUAUUGUAUGGCCAGAUCUACUAAUAUUAAUGGGAACAAAGACAUAAAUUUGGCAUAGGAAAACAGAAAGGCGUAAAUUGAAGAGAUUUUAAGAUGCUAUACACGAAAUACCACGGACACCAUUCGGUGAGGAGGCAACCCGCAUUCCUUUGACAGCCUUGAACACAUUGCCUGACAUUUUCAUUUUCCACAGCACCGCAGCGUGAUGCAAAGCAGGAUGGGGCAGGAAUGUGGCGUAUCUCAUGAACCAAAUACGUACUGGAGAUGAAAAUUUACAAAUAACAGAGAGAGAGAGAGUAGAAAAAAUAUAUAUAUUACAAGAGCACAUCGUAUAUUUAUCUAAUAAUGCAAAACACUCAGUUUUACUAACAAAAAUUAUUCAAGUAAUAAUCAGCAAAUAACACACACACACACACACACACACACACACACACACUGUAUAUAUAAAACUAUUUAAAAAAAAAAUGCCUAUAGUACAAAAAAAAUUAGCUGGCACCAGAUCUAGGCAAGACGUUAUUGGCAGAACUCAGAUAAAGCCAAGGCAAGCAGAGAAACACACAAGUGGUAAUUGAAAAAGGGCAAAGGACAUGACAGGAAGGGGAGGGGGAAGUAAUAUAGAAGUGUCUCCCAGUCUAGCAACAUUUGGCACCUCAGAUUUCGCGCCAUAUUGGAUCUCGAGGGAAAAACAUUAGAAAAUCCAGCCAUUUCACAGUUCCUGCUGCUCGUGUGUGCAUAAUAUGGCAAUCUGAGUGAGAAAUACAAGCGAUGGGACCAGAAUACGUGUAGGUGGGUGAGGCCUCCUAGUGGCCGGCCAGCCCAGCACUGAUGCCCACCUUGGACCCCAGCCACCCUACCCAGUUCCCGCCCAACCACCCACCCUCGAUGGCCAACCCUUAUGCUUCCUCCCGCUCCGGGCCACCACCCUCUGGUCCCGGGUAUGGUCGGCUGCCCCCCACUGCCUCCCAGGUUAUGGCUCCUCCCCACCGAGUCAAUUCAGGCUUUCUCAACCCCACUGGCCGAGGACCUCCGGGCCCCCUCAAGUCAUCAGGACACUCAGGCCAAUACCUGCAGCCCCGGCCCCACUCCGACCCUCCUCCUGGGGAGCCCCGCCAGCCUCCAGCAUACCCUGAGCCCCCAAGAUAUCCUGGGCCUCCAAUAGAUGAUCCUGAGAGGCACCAUCGGGGCCCUAAACAUGAGAGCCGAGGGGAGGAUGAGGCAGGGACAGGGCGACACUCUCUUCAUGCUCAGCUAGCUGAACUGCAGCAGCUGCGGGAGGCACACCAGCGCCUCACUGACGACAACCAGGAGCUCCGGGACCUGUGUUGCUUCCUUGAUGAUGAUCGCCAGAAGGGCCGGAAGCUGGCCCGGGAGUGGCAGCGGUUUGGGCGCUACACAGCUUCUGUCAUGCGGCAGGAGGUCACUGCUUACCAGAAUAAGCUGCGUGGCCUGGAGGCAAAGCAGCAUGACUUGAUCAAGGACAACUUAGAGCUGAAGGAGCUGUGUCUGUACCUGGACGAGGAGCGGAACAACGCCACCUGCACUCACUGUGGCAAUCCUCUCAUUACUCGGGACGAUGGUGACGGCUCCUCUUCCUCCACCAAUGCUGAUGAGCCGUCUGGGCCGCCCCAGCCCGCACCACAGCCCCCUCCUCCCCCAGACAUCCCCCUGGCCCGCUCCUCCUCCAGGGAGCGCCUGCUGGAGGACACUCUCACCCGCCAGAGGUCACCCAUGAAUGAACAAGUGCUGAGCUACAUCAAAUCCUUGGAGGCACGGGUGUUGUUGCUGGAAGCUGAGAAGCAACAGCUCUCGGAAAUAGUUAAGCCUAGUCGCUUCCACCCUGAUGGUGCAGGAGGGGAGAUUAGUGAUGUCCCUCCCCCACCCCCUCCCCCACAUCCUCGCCCACUGCAGCCCCCACCCUACUCCCUGUCACACCACUUGAGGGCAGUUGGGCUUGGCUUGACACACAGGACACCCCUUGGACCUGGAUCAGGGGACAGUGAGGAAGACCUGCUGCCAGAGGGGCCGCCUCCGCUUGUGUCACGCCCCACCUCAGUUGCAGCAGCCAUGAGGGUGCUGGAGGUACAGGAGCAGCUGGAGGGUGUGAUGGCCCCUUCCUCAUCUGGUCCUCCUCCCAGCCAGGGUCCCCCACCCCCCACCCAGCAGCCAACACUCCCACCACACAAUUCUGCCCUGGCUGAUGGCGAGAAAGCACUGCUCAGACAGAUGUGUAAUGUGGUGUGGAAGAAACUGGAGGAGGUGCCAAGCCAGAAUAGAUAACCAGCAGUACCUCUCUGUGUCUCCUGCCAGAGGGAUGUGGCCAGGCAGGUUUCUUCCUAGAUCACUACCUGGGAAAUGAUGGUGCUGGCCUGCCGUCCCACUCUCCUGUACAUUCUCAUCAAGGAAUCUCUCUCUCCAGGUGUCUCGUACAAACUGUAACUCUUGCUUUGCUUCCCCUUCUGAGGUGUGAAGACUGCCUCUCCUCUCCAGGGAAGGUAUGAAAGAACUUAGUGCCUCAGCAUUGCAAGGCUUUAAAUGCUGUAUUUUGUGGCAUGGAGGAAGGAUUUGCAGAUGCUGAGAUGCACUCCUAUUGUAAUGUGCGCCUUGUAUCAUUGCCAAGUUGAGUAAUAUCUUCAAUACACUGUGGUACUUCCUGUCUGCGCUGUGUAUUUAUAAGAAUAUGUAUACAUGUUCUGUUUUGAAUUAGUUUCAUUGAAAAAAGUGUUGGUGCAGAAUCCUUCUAUUUAUAUUGCAUCAGAAUGUAGGUUGUCAAGGCCAAAUGACACACACCAGCUUGCUGUUGUGAUGUCAUUUUUUACAGCAGCAGACAGGUUCAGGUUACAGCCAGUGCACCAUUGCAUCCUUCCUUUAUGAAUAUUAUUCCAUUUUUGCUGAUUAAUUUUUUUAGCCUCCCUGACAUUCUUUCCGUACAAUGCACGAAUGACUCAAUUCACCAAGUAGAAUAUUCUUUGGUUUAGAAAAAGCUUCCUUAGUUUGUAUUUAUAAGAUCCACAAUGACAUGUAAAUGUCAUUGUUUGGAGCAUUGCUUUAGUUUAAGAGAGAUGUCUGUUGAACUUUUAGGAGAAGGAAAGCAGGAGAUAUUCUGUGCCAGAAAGCACAGUUAAAUCUGAUGAAAAGUCCUCAUCUGAGUCUUGUGUAACUUAGGGGUAAAGUUUUAUGAAAUAACCUUUAGGUCAAAUUCAGUAUUAUAGAGAGUUUUAGUUAGGUAAAGAGAAUGCCUUGUUGUCUUGGUGGUGGCUAUCAUUUGGUGUCUUCAGUGUCCAGUGCACUUGUGUGUUAGGACAUUAUUCAGUACACACAGCAACAGUGAGUCAGCAGGAUUUGGUACGCCACAUGGUGGUGCUUGGUUGACACACCAGGCCAGCACAUGCACCACACGCUGCCACGUCCUCAGCUGUGGUACAAAAUGCACACGUGUAACAAAGGUUCUUCAGCAUUAUUAAUACUUUCAAAGCAUAGCUUAUAAUUUUUAGUUGUACAUACAUGACUUUUUUUUUAUAAAAAAGAAAACAAAGUUGUGAGUCACAAACUUUGUUGAUCAAUAGGACAAUUAAAUCUCAUCCUGAAAUUAAGACAUAGCAAUGGUUAAAGGAUUUAACUUUUUUGUAUAUAUCCAGAAAGACAGACUGUGUAUACAUAUCCUACAGUAAGUAAGUGAUAGUUACUGAAGUCAGCCUGACUCCUACAGGGCGCCAUCACUGGUCCGCCCAUUUUCCUUGUCUGACAUAAUGAGAAAACACUCACUGCUUGUGACGUUUUUAUCAGUGUGGCAAUGAACUUCCAUGAUGAAGUUAAUUUGUAUAUAAUGAACAGCAACAUAACUGGUGGUGUAUUCAUACAUCAGUUGUUUUGUUACUAGUAUGUUAGGAUGUGAUUUCAAGCCUUCAGCAGCUGUUUAUCUUUACUCUUUCAAUGAAAUACGUAGCUACUUCACUGUCAUCUACCUCAUUUAUUCUUAUUUAGAAUGACCAAGACCACACCUGAGUUAGUGUUGUGAAGGAUCACAGAAACCAUUUUUCACUGAGGUGAACCUUCUUCACCAUCACUUGAGGGAAGGCCAGCACACCACUGGCUUCCAUGACUCACUCUGCAUGUCAGGCUUCCCUCACAGAGGCAGUGUGCUGCAGCAGAGUACUAGUGAUUUCACACUUAGUAGUGAAGUCAUUAACAAUGUUUCCCUACUCAACAUAUAUUUACAUUGGUGUGAGGAACUUUGUGCUGGGAUUAGAAGUGAUGAAAACAUUAAUGGAGUUAACUAUAAAUAAUGUUUGCCCUUCUGAUAAAAUUUUUCCUUAGAGAAACAAGAUGUAAGGAGAGAAUGAUACACCCCUUUGUUCAUAAUGAGAUGUGUGUGUGUGUGUGUGUGUGUGUGUGUGUGUGUGUGAGAGAGAGAGAGAGAGAGAGAGAGAGAGAGAGAGAGAGAGAGAGAGAGACAGAGAGACAGACACACAGUAAAAUUCACUCCUUUUUCUAUAGACACACACCACUCACUUAUUUCUGUGCUUCUUGAUGACUCUCAAUAAUUUUUGCUGGUGUUACCUAUUCAAAAAAUGGUGUGUGGGGGAUGGGAAGCCUCUGUAAUGGGUAUUAACCUUGUCCUCGGUAGGUUUUGGAUUUAGUUCAUGAAAACUUCCUCCUAUUUCAGAUACUAGACAAAAAUUUCAUUAGUGUCAUCUAUUCUUCAUUGUUGUUUUCAUAACUUCAUGCUACCCGAUGUUAGUGUGUUGGUCAUUGUCAUUCGAGUAGGAGCACACCAUUUCUCCACAAAACAUAAUCUCUGGUUUCAUACUUUCCUGCUUUGUUCCAGCUCAAGAUCAGGAUGAGCUGUUCUGUUGAGAUUUUUUUUUUUUAUUUAUGAUAUUUUUUAUUUGAUAUUUCUCAAAUAAGCACCUCAUCCAUUUGUUUAUAUAGGUACCCAUAGUGAAUACUAACCUGGCUUUCCUCUCUUGACAUGUCAGUUAGCAGCCUGGUUCUAUGUUAACAAUAGUCACUCAGAUCAAAUCAGGGUUAAGCUACCUUGAAUCAUUGAUCAGUAUUCUCCUUAUGAACCAAUUAUUUUUUUGUUCUUUGUUUGUCAUUUAUCUGCUAUUGAUAGUCAACAUAGACAAGAGAACAUGCAAAAUAAACCAAGAAAAGAUAUUUGAAAGGGAAAGAGGCUUCCCCAUAGAAGUACUGGAGUUUGAAAUAAACUACAUGAGAAGGCAGUGUGAGAAAAGUGUGCACCAACUCAAUGAAAGACUAAGCAAAUAUUGAACAAAUAUGGACAGAAUACAUGGAGAGCUCAAGCCUUGUAAGUCAUGACUUAUAAAUCAUGAGUACUACUAGGUGAACAUGGUCACCAGUGCAAGUCUUGGAGGGCAUAGGUGGAGCAGCAAGUUCCUGGUGAAGGGAACACUGCAUCAAACACCAGGUCCCCAGCAGAUGGCUCCACAGUGGUGGUGGGGCACAAUACUGAUAGAGUUAGGGAGUAGUGCAGUGCCAAAGAAGUCAUGUGUAGUACAGAUAAAGCUUAGGCAUGGGCAUCUGUUGUGUGAUGUCCUGCCCCUCUUUGCCCCUGAUUCAUGUCACUUGAGGGACAGUGAGAUCUGUGUGUGUAAUUCAUUCAGUCACGAGAUCACAUGCUGGACUUGUGAUCAUUAGCUGUGUUCUGUCAGAGGAAGUUCAGAGCUUUUAUGAGCUAAUCAAUGUAAUUCUGGUAUUCAUAAUGCUACAAUGUCACCCAUUUAGUCCCAUUCACAUGAUGAAACUGCCUGGUGAAUUUUGUUUGUAAUGGCCGGUCUGUGUGUCAUCCAUCCACACCCCAGCACCAGAUGGUCAGACCACCAAGCUGACAGCCUUAUCUGGUAAUUUUGCUUGACCACAGGCAUGAGCAUUAUGUUGGUUUGUUCAUCAGAUAAACGAGUGUCCAUCAUGCAGCAUUGGGUUGUGUGGAAGGAGUCUUCCUCUAGGGAGAGGCAGCCUUGUGGUGCAGUGCUCAUCUUGAACCUAAAAGAUUGACUUUGAUUCUACUUUGUGGUUGCUCUUAAUGAGGGGAGCAGUGCCAUCACACUGUAUUGGAGAUUCUGUUGUGACUGUUUUCUUAUUCAAGGUGGCAGUAGCAUAACCUUUCAUAAGAAGUCUUUAUGACUUGGAGAGGAUACAUACCACAGCCUACUUGCUGACAAGAUUUUACUACUGAGUAAGCAGCGUGUGUUUUUUUACAAAUUAGCUUGCCAUUGCUCUUGUGGUGUUGGAUACACACACCUCUUAAGAAAUGUGCAGCUAACUGAAAUGUCUGUGAGCUAUUGUAUUAGGAGACAGUGAUCUAGAAAAUAAAAACUUAUAUUUUCUUUGUAAAUAGUAAAUAUUUAGUGAAGGAUCUGAAGUCCAAAUGACACCAAAUAUAUACUAAUGUAACUUCUUACAGUUUUAACUUAACUAUGAUUACCUGUGUUCAUUCAUUAGUUUUGAAAAUAUUGUAUCAUUUGUAGAUUAGAUUUUCAUUGAUUAUUUGCUUGGGCUUCUGCCUACCUUCUGUGUCCAGUAGGUGCCAGGACUGGCUGUUGUCAGGUUUUGUGGUCCUCCUUGAGGCGUGAGUGUGGCAUGUAGUACACCAUGGACUGGCUGGAAGUUAUGCACUACUUGGACUGUUCAUAGUUUUGAAGCAAUUGGUAGAAAUUUUAGCAUGGUAGUAUAACUCAUUUUGUUGUGCUUGCAUGGCAGGGCAGUCUGGACCUCAGGUGUGUGGGUAUGGAUGGCAUGCUAGAUUGAGCCAGACCAUCAACAAGGUCACUUGCUUAUCACUUUCAAUCAUUUUAAUUACAUUGUUCCUGCAAGAUCUUUUGAACCAAUUUUUUUCAAACCUUUAGUUUUUACUACUUUUGUAUGAGAUUUAACCAAAAAAAAUUAUCUUUUGGUGUAAUUAUUCCUUCUGCUUUAGGGUAUGAAUAUUUCUUCAUGGCAUAGAUUUGUGGUCAUGUGGCAACAUUGCAUGUGACUUAGAGAAAGGAAUACACCAGCUUCAUGCCAACCCCUUGAGAUGGAGGCUGAACACUGAUGGACAAGUGACAGCAUCAAGGGGGAUGUUUGAGCACUAGUUUGUAAAAAGAAAGGUUUAGCAUUAUUAAGAUGAACCAGUAUGGAGCUUUCUAUCCUUAUUUAAAACCAAUUAUGUUCUUAGUUUCCCUUCUUAUUGAUUGCAAGGUCAACAUAAAGGUCAAUAUGUACUUCUCACCAGUAAAUGUACCUGACAAUGUACAUUGGUGAUGAUGUUUCUCAGCUGGCAUCUUAGUGUGUGGCUUCUCUGCAUUCCAUUGACAAACUAUCUUAUAUAAUUUGUUCAGUCUUUGGCUUCCACCCAUGCAAUACUUUUCAGUGACAGCCAUUACCCACUGAAAAGUGGCACAAAAUUCAUCACUCUUUUCUAAGGACACCAGCACAUGAGCCACUAGUGGCUGGCCACAAGAAUGGUUCAUGGGUCCAUUUUCUCCACUACAAAAAGAGUGGCCAUGUUUUAAUGGCCCCAACUUUUCAAAGGCUGAUUGCUGCCACUGAAAGUACCUCAAAAAGCAUCUCAUUUCCAAUAUUGGUGGCAAGACUCAGUGCACCAAUUUUUCUGAUAUUGCAGCAAUAACAUUCAAGAGCUCAGAUAAAAUCUAGCUUAUUCAUUUGUGUGGUCCUUGUUUUUCAGGACUAAAGAUAAGAUUUUAUAUUGUACUUUAGAAGAUUGCAUACAGAAGUUUUCAGAUUUUCAGAAUGAAUGAGAUUAUAUUAUUAUUGUGCAUCGUGUUGCUAUUUUGUAUUGUACCAUGUUAGUCUAGCACAUUAUCUCUACUAUUACCAGCUGUUAGAUUGAGGGUUAGACAUAGUAAUUGUUCAACUGUUGUCACACUUGAAGAGCAUGGCUGUUGGGGAACACUUCUUGCAUCCCUUGGUGUAGAGAUGCAGUAGCACUUACAGCUUUUAAACAGCUUCCCAGUCAAGCAAAGUUGAUGAUGCAUUGGCAGUUGUAACAGAGAUUAUUCCUAGAGAGGGAGAAGAUUCUGAAUUGAUUUGUCAUAGUUCUCUAAUAUAAAGUGUGACCUGUUUGCUAUGAUGAAAGGAGAUAGAUGUUUUUAUAUUAAAUAUAUUGUGUGUUCCUUGAAGAUGAAGUCUGAAACUAGUAUUUUUUGUGCUUAGAAUAACACUGAAAGUUAAAAGUGACACAACUAGUAAUAGAUUGACUUUGUUAGCCUUGUGUGCAUUGGUCUUACUCCUGCCAGUCAUAUGCUUACCACAGGAGCCUGCAAGUUAAGACUGACCACUCUUGCUCAUUGCUUGGCUGUUGUUUUGAAAUGACAAGUGUUGUACAACUUUGUUACUCAAAAUCUAGCUCUAAUUGAGGAAAGUGUAAAAUUAGCUAAGAUAACAGUUACACCUUUUUUGAAUGAUAAAAAUGUUCAGAUGCACAAGUUUUGUUGUAAACGAGAUGUAGUGUAGUAAGUAAUAUAAUAUUGUUUGUGUUAAAAGCUUAAGAACAUACUAAAUAAUUCAUGUAGUAGCAGCAACUGGAGGUGCUCCCUACAGGAGUGAAGCAGUACAGAUGAAAUCUAGUUAUUACUUACCUAGAAGGAAUGAUUGUUGUGUGUGUUUACAGUCAACCUCAGAAACAAACCAGUAAUGUUUAUGCAUAUGUUGCUAGUGCCUAAAAUUCUAACCAAAAAUGCUGCAAUGAUUAAGAGGGAAGUGCAGUUAGUGAGUACCUAAGCUAUAUCCUUGAGUGAGCCAGUCAAGAGUCUUCCUCUUGGUUUGUGUUUCUUAAUGCCUUGCUUGCCUCAGUCCUUUAUAGAGCACCUCAUAUUACAGCAGGAUUCAACAUGUUAGUAUGUUGUGUUCAUCCUGAACUGUAUUGAACCAAGCUCCAUCCUAGGUCAUGAAGAUCAGAUAUUCCAAGUUCAUGAUUGAUGCAAUUUUUGGCAGUUGUGGGAAUGUUAAUGUGCAGAUGUGUACAGCUGAGUGGUGCAUUAGAAAAGAUAGGCUAAGUGAUCUUAGUAUGCUAUGGAAGUACCUGCUAUCAUUUACUCCUUAAGUGUAGCAAUAUUUUUUUUUUUCUUUUAGUGGUUUGUAUACAGUCUGCAAUUGGUAUCUGUGUGUGUGUGUGUGUGUGUGUGUGUGUGUGUGUGUGUGUGUGUGUGUGUGUGUGUGUGUGUGUGUGUGUGUGUGUGUGUGUGU